AUGAAAAUAAUACAAAAAUGUUUCAUGGUUUUUGAGAAUUCAGAACUUGAGAGAUAGUAUUAAUUAGAAAGAUCUCUAUCUAUUAAAAAACCUGUGUUCAUUUGUUUACUCUUUUUGUCCUUCAUCAGCAAUUUAUUUGCAAUUAUAGUUGAAUCAACUUACCUUCCAGUAUAAAGCUUAUCCAUAUAUUUGAUCUUGAUUUUAUUCACAAUAAUAGAAUUUAUAACUAUAGUUGUGAUGAAAAAAAUUUAAUUCUUAUAGUAUGGAAUAACAUUUUCAAAUAUUAUGUUAGGAUUUUUAUAAUUCAAUGUAGAUACUUCAUCAGAAACAAAAAGUGAAUUUUAUGCAUAUGGAAAUGCAAUUAUGUAAUUAUAGGCAGUUUUAUACAUUAUAUCAAGCUUUAAUCAUGCGAUAAUUUAAGUUACCAUUCAUUUAAUUUUACGAAUAUUAAUUACUAUUUAUUAAUCAAAAAAAGUUGAUUCUUUAUUAAUUGGAAUAGGAUUUUUUGGAGGAUUAAUCAUUCUGAUUACUGUGCAUUAUUAUGAAUCUAGAUCAAGAGUAAAUUUUAUUUAAAAUUUGAAAGAAAAUUAACUCUAGGAUACUUAUUCAUUUAUUAUAUAGAGACCAUUUUUUAAAAUAUCAUUUUCAGAAGGAACUUUGAUGUUUAAUUUAAAUACAAAAUAUUAAAUUGAUUAAUUUCCUGGUUUUGAUGAAUAUUAUUGUGAUGGAUGUAAUGCAAGAAAUUUAAUGAGAUCAUAUACAAACGAAUAAAAAUAAACUAUCGAAUCUCUACUAUUAUCUUAAAAAUUAGAAAAUAAUGGAUAAUUGAUGAUUACUUUUAAAAAAUAAACUUUUUAAAUUAAAUAUUGCAAGGUUGAUCUUUAAUAAUAGAAUUAUUUAAUUAUUUUAUAAGAUAUAGAUAUUUAAGAUAAAAAAUAAAUAAAUAUAGAAAAAGAAUAAUUGAAACUUUAAUUAUUUUUAAAGUUUAAUUAAGAUUUUAAACAUAAAAAGUUGUUCAAUUGGGGGGUUCUUUCCAUUUUGUAGUUAAAUAAUAAAAUAAUUUAGAAAAUAGAUUUAAAAUAAAUUAUAGCUAAAUUAAUGCAUAUUUAUAAAAAAUAUUUAUUUCCUAAUUUAAAUAUAGAAAUAUAAUAUGAUGAAUAGAAUUUAUAAAUUUACACGUUUAAAAAUCAACUGAAGAUUUUUUUAAUUUAGAUUUUUGAGAUUAUUUCAAAAAUUUAACAUUAUGAAAGAAGAAAGGUAUUAAUAAUAUUAAAAAGAAAAGGAUGUGAUGCUUUAAUAAAAGUUUAGAAUAUCAAUUAAACUUAAUUUAAUUUUAAUUAUUGUUAAAACUUUUUUAUUUAGCAUGUUUAAAGUCUUGUAAUUAAUAAUAUAUAGAUCUCUGAUUGUAUUGGUUUACAAAUUCGUAAUCAUCCAAUAGGUUCUUUUUAUAGAAAAUGA